AACCAUGGACCGAAUUAAGGUCGGUGUUAAAAUCCGACCCUUGAUUCCAAGAGAGAAAGCUGCAAAUUGUGAUAUUCACUGGCUAGCAGCGUCAGAUACUUCAGUUUGCCAGGUUGAACCUGGCAGCCAGCGACAGAAAGGGGACCCUUAUGUCUUUGAUAAUGUCUUCGGCCCUGACUCUUCAAACCGUGAGGUGUUCGAGAUUCUGGUCAAGCCAAUUGUGGAGUCUGCAGUUCGUGGUUUUAAUGGCACCAUUUUUGCGUACGGGCAGACCGCGUCCGGGAAGACAUAUACCAUGAUGGGAGAUCAAUAUGAGCCAGGAAUCAUCCCCCAAGCUGUGGACUUGGUAUUUCAAACUAUUGAAAAUACUCAUGGGCGGGAAUUUCUGUUACGGGUCUGUUACAUGGAAAUUUACAAUGAAAAAGUAAAUGAUCUCUUGGCAAAGUCGAAUAACUUAAAAGUUUCAGAAGAUGCUCAAGGCAAUGUUAUUGUCAAAGAGUUGGAAGAAGCUAUCACUAAUAGCUCACAGAUGGUCAUGGACUUAAUGAGGAAGGGAGAAAACAUUAGAAAAAUCGGUGUGACUAAUAUGAAUGAGAGAAGCUCUCGUUCACAUUCCAUAUUUAGAAUUAUUAUUGAAAGCAGACAAGUAGGUGGUAACGAUGCUGAAGAGGCCAUCCAGGUAUCACAUUUAAAUCUAGUAGACCUUGCUGGUUCUGAGCGAGCUGGAGCCACUGGAUCUGUGGGUGAUCAAUUUAAAGAGGGUUGUGCGAUUAAUAAAUCCCUUUUCACCCUGGGAAAAGUCAUCUCUCAGCUUAGCGAUGGAGAUGUGUCCUUCGUCAACUUUAGGGACAGCAAGCUCACUAGAAUAUUACAGAGCUCCUUGGGGGGUAAUGCUCUAACGUCAAUAAUAUGUGCCAUUACUCCAGCUGCAAUUGAUGAAACUAGCAGCACACUUGGUUUUGCCUCUAGAGCACGAAAUAUUAAAAACAAAGCUCAAGUUAAUGAAGUUGUUUCAGACAGAGCUAUGCUGAAACGUUACAUGAAACAAAUAGACAGACUUAAUUCUGCACUGAGUACUUUGGAGCAGCAGAAAAAUGCUGAAAACCAGCAUCUUCAAAAAGAAAAUUCUCUGUUGAAUGAAAGAUUAAACAGACUCAAAGACGGAAUCCUUGGAUCCAAUUCUGAAUUUUCUAAUGCCGACAAAGCUCAAGAGAAGAUAAGAAAGCUUCGUCGCAGAACUUGGUCUGCCCCCAAUCGUAACAAGGCUAGGCUGUCUUUAGCAUUUCCAGCAUUUCAUAAAGCAGGCUCCUUGGCAGAGCUUCCUAAUGACAUUCAAAUGGACUUCUCUGUCAGCUCAGCAUCUAAUAAUGAUGAUACUGAUAUUGGAGAAGAUGUUUUUUCAACACCUCUUGAAGAGUUUGAGAAAGCCUUAAUUAAAGCCGAAAGAGCCAAGUCAAUGGAUGUGGGAGAGUGGCUACCUCCCAUUGAAGACAUUGAUGAGGAUAGAUUCUCAAAGUCACCAGAAAGAGAUGAUCAGCCUUGCCUGAAUUAUGUUCAGACUAGGAGAAAUAAAGGACAUCUGAAUAGAUUUCAAGAAGCUGAAGUUCCUGAGACACCACCUUCAAAGUUGCGAUCAAAGAUAGCUCUUGUGGAACAAGAAUUGCGGGAAAUGGAUGAGUUUACUCGGUUAGAGAAGCAGGUGUAUAAUGAAGAACUUAGUACUGAGCUUGAAAAAGUUAAACUUCAGCUGAAAGAAGCACUUUCUGAAUGUGAAUCACUGAAGGAAGUGAAGAAGCAAUUAGAAUGCAUGAAGCAAACUGAUCGCACAGCUCAUGAUUACCAAAUGAUGCUGAUGGACUCAUCGAAGGCUAUGUCAACAUUAAGAGACGAGAAUUCAUCUAUGAGACAGCAGCUUGGAGAUCUUACACUUCAGUGUCAGGAUAUAGAAAAGGUGAAAGCACAACUUUCUGAAGCUGAAAAACACCUAAUAAAAGCAAGAAAAGAGAAUUCUGAGUUAACAUCAAAACUGAAAAAGCAUGAAGAACGUAUUUUUCACCUUAAUAAUGAAAAAGAAGAUUUUGAUAUUCAACUUCAGAUGCGAAUUUCAAAGUAUGAAAGCAAGAUAAAAGAAAUGGCUCAAGCCCUGGAGGAUGCCCGCCUUGAAUCCAGCACCCUGCAUCAGCCAACAUUCCGUAAAAACUACAAUGGUAAUCUCUACUCCUUGCAAGAAGAGCCUUCUAUGGAGGAAUUAACACAACAAGUCCAGUAUUUAGAAGAACAGUGUAAAGAACUACAAUCUAGCAAGAAUUUGCUUGUGAAUGAACUAUCCAUCAAAGAAAAGGAAUUAACUAACCAAGUUCAGGUUUUAGAAGAACAAUGUAAAGAUUUACAAUCUAGUAAGAAUUUGCUUGUAAAAGAACUAGCCCUUAAACAAGAAAACCUUUGCAAGCUAGAACAUCAGGUUGCAAGUUUAAGAAACGCACAUACAGACUCUACAAAAUUAAAUGAAGAUUUAAGUGCAGUCAAAAGCGAAUUAGAAACCCUGAGGCAUCAUUAUGAGGCUUUGACCAAGAAACUGGAUGAAAAGGACAAAGAACUUGUCCAAACAACUUCUGAAAUGAAAAAAAUUAAAGAACAACUCAGUAGGUCUGAAGCCGUUGCUGCAUUAGAAGCAGCUGAGAAAGACUCUUCAAAGGCUGAAAUAACUGCUCUUCAGACUUCAAAUAACCAGUUAACCAAGGACCUUGAUGCCAGGAACCAAGAAAUUAUGAAUGCAGCCAUAGAAAUGGAGCAGUUAAGGGAACAAAUUCUACAACUACAGCAGGAUGUUAAGGAUGCUAGGGAUGUUAAGAAUAAUACUGAUCUUAGCGGUUCCCUAAAUGCUACAGCAGACUCUACUCUUUUAAACGUGGAAGAACAGGAAGCUCUCAUCAAUGAAGUGUCUGUUUGUAAAAGUGAAAUGGCCAUGCAAGAGCAAAAAAUUUCUUCAUUGGAGCAGCAGAUAAGUAGUAUGCAUGUCUGUUUGUAG